UGUAAUCUUUUCAUUUGCGUUCCUUGGUUUCUACAUCAACCAUCCCAAAUGGCAGGUGCAGGCAUUGUUGUGAUUUUCGAUUUCGAUAAAACGAUCAUCGAUUGCGAUAGCGAUAACUGGGUGGUCGAUGAGUUGGGUGCCACCGAGUUGUUCGAUCGGCUUCUUCCAACCAUGCCAUGGAACUCUCUCAUGGAUCGAAUGAUGAAAGAACAUCAUUCGCAAGGAACCAAACUCGAGGAUGUUGUCACAGUUCUUGAAAGAACGCCUAUACAUCCUUGUAUCAUUGAAGCCAUUAAAUCAGCUCAUGCUUUAGGAUGUGACUUGAAGAUUGUAAGCGACGCAAAUACGUUCUUCAUUGAAACAAUUUUAGAAUACCAUGGCCUGAGGGAAUGCUUUUCUGAGAUUCAUACGAACCCUAGUUUCGUUGAUGAAGAAGGCAGGCUACGGAUAUUCCCUCACCACGAUUUCACCAAAUCUUCUCAUGGAUGCGGUCAUCCCAGCUGCCCUCCGAAUAUGUGCAAGGGUACUGUAAUUGGAAAGAUACAAGCUUCUCUAUCGACGGAGGACCAGAAGAAAACGAUAAUCUACCUUGGAGACGGACUUGGUGAUUUCUGCCCAAGUUUGAAGCUUGGUGAUGGAGACUAUGUAAUGCCAAGGAAGGGUUUCCCAGUUUGGGACUUGAUUUGCAAAAACAGGAGCCUAAUAAAGGCACAAAUAUGGGAAUGGAGCAAUGGGGAGGACUUUGAACGCGUGUUACUCCACCUUAUCGCCAGAAACAUUUCCAUCCACAAAAAGAACUCCGGUGCCAAUGUUGGCAAGCUCUUUUCAGUCGAAUGCAAACAAGAAACGAUGCCGUUGCCGGCCGCCACUGGCCCCCAAGCCUUCCCCCAGCCACUUCAUGUUAUUCAUUAGA